AUGACACCUGAAGAUGAGGAAGCGAUGGCUUUCAGAACCCCAUUGGGGAUAUAUUGUUAUAAAGUCAUGCAGUUUGGUCUCAAGAACGCAGGGGCGACAUAUCAAAGGGCAAUGCAAAAUAUAUUUCAAGACAUAAUGCACAAGCAUGUCGAGUGUUAUGUGGACGAUUUGGUGGUCAGGUCAAAUCAUCAUGAGGAACACUGCAAACAUUUGGCUUCAGUCUUCCACCGAAUUAGAAAGAAACUGUUAAAGAUGAACCCCGCCAAAUGUGUGUUCAGAGUAUCAUCAGGGAAAUUCCUUGGUUUCGUGGUGAGAUACAAAUGUAUCGAGAUAGAUUCAAAAAAAGUUAGAGAUAUUCAAGAUAUGCCACCCCCGAAAACAUUGAAAGAGCUAAAAAGCUUGCAAGGCAAACCCCAUCAAGUUUUUUAUGACAAGGCCAAUGUUGUCGGCGAGGCUGGCGAAGUGGAUGUUACUGUUACGUAUGAAUCGGCGAAAGAAGUAAAAGGACAGGCAGUGGCGGAUUUUCUAGCAACUUAUCCUGUGAUGGACUGCAAAGCCAUCUUCAAUGAGUUUCCUAAUGAACAGGUCAUGGUGAUAGAAUUGCUAAACGUAUGGAAAAUGUUCUUUGAUGGAGCAGCCCGGGCAAUAGGAGCAGCCAGUGAACUGGAAAUAAAAGCACUGCGAAUUUAUGGGGAUUCUAAGCUGGUCAUAAAUCAGCAUAUACCACGGCACGAGAACGCGAGGGCUGAUCCUUUGGCCAAUUUAGCAGCAGCACUAUCACACACAAAUCGAAGUCCCUUACAAGUGACAAUCGAAGAAAAGAGAUUUUUGCCCUUGGCUGAUAUAAUCAGUGACACAAUGGAAGCACUCCCUAUAUCAUGCCUAGAAGUGACAAUAGAUGAUUGGCAUCAGCCUUUCAUUGAUUAUCUCAAGUACGAUAUUCUCCUAGAAGAUUCAGAGGCGAAGUUGCAGGUUAAGCAGAGGAUGAAGAGAUUCAUUACGUGUAGUGAAGGAUUAUAUAGAAGGUCCUAUAAUGAAAUACUAUUGUGA